CCUGUUUUGCGUUUUUUGUGCCAUGGGACCCUUCCUUCCGGCAUUCUACACCGCCCGAUAUGUCGAGAUCCACAGCCCGACCUUGAGUUUGUUGUGGUUGUCUCUGCCUCAAAGUUUCCGAAUCUAUGAUAUUCUAUGAUUGAUCUAUAUCUCUCAAGGCUUUGUGGAGGUGCUGUUGUUCUUUGGACUUUGUUAGUGUCCUUGCUAGGGCAGCAUGCGUAUGUUGAACGGCACGUUCCAAACGUGGACGUCGCCUUUUGGCAGGACCGUUCUGUGGAUGGGAGUUGGUGGCCAAACUUAACAUCACCUGCUUCAUAUUGUGGAAUGUCUUUCAGCGCCGCGUAUUCUGAUGGCAUGACAUGGGGCAGUGAGAGAAUUGAGUGCAUCAGACCAGAGAAUGAGGUGAGCACAUUGUUCUAUGCAACUUCCAACCAGGUGGAGGUGGCCUUUUCAUUGGCAGAAGGAUCCGACCCCCAGUACAACACCAGUGAGGUAUAUCUUUAUGAAGCAAUUGAGAAGUCCACGAUCGUUUUUGAAGUUUCAUUCUCAACUGCUCGUGAAACUGCGCCUCAUGUCUCCAAGUGCCAAGCUUUUGGACCAGAUGGGACGCCUUUUGCUUCCCGAUAUGAGCAGUUGGUACCUGACACAGACUAUGGACCGGGUUACUUAAUGCUGAGCAUCGAAGAUGUGCUGGCGGCUGCCGGGCGAAAUAUGGCAGACAUCGGGAGCGAAGCAGCGCCAUUGAGAGUGUCUGGUUUGGAGAUCGUGGCCAGAGUCGACGUACGAAACUACCAGGUGCCAUACAGCUGGCCAUUUGUUUCGUGGAACCCUUGGCAACUUCGUGACGCGAGUCAUAUUGAUUGCACCGUGCACUUUGACGUUCUGAGAGAUCAGUUCAAAGUGGUGCAGUGGUUCUAUGAAGGCCGAAAACCCAUAGCACUUCAGCAUGGCCUCAGAUUAGCAGUUAUUGGCACCGGAAGCAUUGGCUACUUCAGCUUUGGUCAACUAGCCACUCAGGACGGGUUCAAUAAGGUGUGGCAGCCUCUACAUCUAGAAUUGUUCAAUGUUGUUAAACUCUGCACUUUUGCAUUAUUCUGAUUUCUGAUAUCAAACUCUGCAGGUUCUUCUGGGUUUCACGGCGUUCGGGCUGGCCCAAACUUGCUUGGACUACGGCUGGUUCUAUUUGCACCGACAAGCUGCGACAAUCGCUGGCAGAGCCUUCAGCCGUUUAGACUUGGAGCGCAUUUUGACACAUGAUGAACGACAUGAACUGGCUAAAGCUGAUUCAGCUCAUGCUGUUCAAGAACAGCGGGCUGCAGCUUCCAAGAAGGGCAACUGAGCAGCGACUCAUGGCGAGACAGUUUUGUCCCAAGAUCAAAACCAUUCACGGACGGAGUGUUUCUGAUAGAAGUCCAAGAGAUCCGAGAGCUAAUGAUUUGACGAUGGUUUCAGGAAGUUCGCCAUGCCAACGCAUGGCUGAGAAGGCAGGAGAAGACAGGAGAAGGAAGUGGGCACCUGAAACCGCCUGAAACUUGCUCACACUGUAGCAGAUGCAGCCAAGUAGUGCAGCAGACAGGGACAUGAAGAGACUGGUGGGAAAA